UGAUUGAUGAUGAUGAUUACAUAAAUUGAAAUUAUAGCAUGUAUUUAAGAUUUUAAAACUGUUGGAUUUUCAGCAUUGACUAUGACUUUCGCUUUGACGACGCCAUGGCGAACAUUGGAUGCACCGUCUACUCCUUUGAUCCCAGCAUGCUGGACACUCCGGACCACAAGCGUGGGGACCGUGUUUUCUUCAAGAGAAUUGGCAUCAGCGAUAAGGACGACGACCAUUUUGUACCCAGAGUCGAUGAGUAUGUUGAAAAGCGCCGGGCGGUCAACGGUUGGCCGAUGAGACGUCUGCAGACAAUCCUUGACCAGCUCGGCCACAAAAAGGAGCAGCUGACGGUGACGGUGCUUAAGCUGGACAUUGAGGGCUAUGAGUGGGACGUCACUCGUGAUCUUCUUGACUCGGGGAUCUUGUCGUCCGUCCCGCAGUUUCUGGUGGAGUGGCACCUGUUUACGGACUUUCCGCCUCGAGAACGAGUCCCUGAUGCCGUUGAUACGUACUUCCGUGUGAGUGACAUGGGCUUCCAGCUAUUCUCCACAGGCGUCGUCUACAGUGGAUUUAAUUCAGCAAACUCUUUAAGAAUUCUGGCAGAAGUUGCUUACCUUAACACAAAAAUAAUUUGACAUGUCCUUCUCAUUUCUUUGCUUUACUUUAUUUGUAGCAACCCACACCGGAAUUCUCAUUAUCUGUUGUUUAAAUUGGAGCAACCAUUAUUAUCAACAGUUUAAUUAGCAAUGCCUGCCUUUACACAGGUGUAGCUGACCUACGUUAGAGACAUUGAUGGCAAUAAAUAGGAAGUACCUCCUUGUCUUUUUAACACCCUCCUAAGGUUCGUUUGUAAUAACACCUGUUUACGAGCUGUCCAUUUCGCUAACGAAUUCCUGUCCUGUCGUAUUUCGGGCUGAAUAGUCAUCGGCUUCCCUUUCCGCAUGUGGCAGUCACGGAUUCAAUGAAGUCCUCCAUAAUUUAUCCGGAAACUGCUUCUAUCAACACGAAAUGAAUCAUAGUGAAUGAUAAUUUAUAUUACUUGUGAAAUUUCUUUUCAGAUCAGCUAUUUAUCGUUUCAUGAAAUAUUUAGACGUAUUUAUUAAACAGAAUUGAUUUGUAAAUAUUUCUUCUUAUACUCUUAAAUAUGAUUUUCUGGUCUUUUUUUUUAGUUUUGAUACAAGUUUUCAGUAAUAUCAGGUUAUACAAGAAGAAGGAUUUUUCUUCAUCCAUGUUAGCUAUCUCCUUCUGCUUAUCAUCUUGAAGGCAGAAUCAGCAGGCACUCCACUAGUCCACAUUAAAGAUUCAUUCUCAAAUCUUUUCAAAUCCCUGAAAUUAUCCCAAAUAAAAAAGAGAAAAAACCCUAAAAGUAGUGUUCAGAGGUUUGAAUUUUCUUUAAAAGAAACCAACCAACCAGACAAGCAAACAAACCUGUCUGCAAGGAGGGUGGUCUCCCUGCUAGAAGUCUAAGGCAAAGACAAGGGAGGUAAGUGUGGGAGUGAGUGCGGACCACUCGUGUCUAACACAGAACACGUCUGAUACAUCAGACAGGGCUAUGGUCUAUAGGUAUCAUCUCACUGCUCACCCUCUGAGGGACAAAGUGUAGGGCACGAGAGAAUAGAAAUAUGUUCGUGAGCGAUUGAAAGUUUCUGGAUGGACGAAUGCGGACUUUUUAUUUUUUAACGGAUGGCCAGUUGUUCACUUCUCGAGGAAACACGCUGGAUGCAGAGACACGAGCGUGGGAAGUAGAGACUGCCUGAAAAGUCUGACAUGAACAGUUUCUUUGUUUGUGAAAAUUUAGUCCAGUUUUCGAUUCUUGGCUUUUCGAAACUUUAUUUUUCGCAACCCUGAUGUUCUUCGGUUUUACGUCUACUAUAAUAGAUAUUUAUAAUUAAGGCACAGUUUUUGGAGGGAGAGCGGAAGGUUAAAGUUCACCGGAAGAAGAAACCGUUGGCACAAGAGCAACCCUUCGUAAGAGACGCAGGCGUAAGUUUUAGAGAAUGGUAUGCAGUACAUCUACUUGUGUGUGUGUGGUCUGUCGGUUGUGUCGCGUAUCAUCCCCAGACGUCGCAGGAUGCACGCACGUAACCCCUCGCUAGGUCGGAGACGGCUAGUGACCACACAACAAUGACAAAGAUAAAAUUCACGUUAGAAAACAAACGAAUUUAUUAACCAGGUAACUAGUUAACUGGGAGCUCUGUGGUGUGAGCAACAGGCCGUGCAAAAUUCUUGGGGGCCAAGAAACUGCACACCGACGUGGGCGAUCAGGAGCAGUGGACUCGGAAAGAGUAAGGAGGGGGCUACCCUUCCCUUCUUUAUGCUGACGUCAGCAGAAACUAACCGCCGGAGGAGGGAUGGCUUCCUCUUAGUUUCAUCCCAGCUACAUCUUGCUCUACCCACCCACCUGACAGCAACCUACCGGUAUCUUAAAAACACUCUUUUACCAUUGUUUGAACUGUAGAAAAGCGGAUUACAAUUGACUUCAAAAGAAACCGGGGACUGGAGAGCUGCAGGGACUAAACGGUUAUUAACUUGUUGAAUUUCGUCAAAGACGAACAUGUGUUAUGUAUGAUGAUGACAUUGUGGACAUAAAUUGUCGGACUGUCAGGGAUUAUUAUUGCAACUCUUUAAAUUGGUGCCGUGUGGAUUCCGGCAGACUGACUUGUUAAACUUUGAUGGUGUGUUAUUAUUAUUGUAACUCUUCAUUUGAUGCCGUGUGGAUUCCGGCAGACUGACUUGGUAAUGGUGUGAACGUGAUGGAGUGUUAUUUCUAUUGAUGAUGGAUUACUGUUGAUAUUUUGUUCUCUUUUAAACUUGUGUUUGUUCUUAAUAAUUAUUGGUGCCUCUAAGGAGGGACGCCCACCCUCAAGCGAUCUGGUUAUAUUUGUUUGUGGAAAGAAAGCGCAUGUUUGAGGACGGUCCGUGACAUAUUGGUGACCCCGACGUGAUCGCUUUAGGGUGAGGCUGUUCGAGGCGAGGCCGAGUUUACACACAGUUGUUGAAAGAGUUUUCACCAGCAUCUCGUGUUUUGUUUUGUUCCCGUCUCCGAUUACACGGGUCUGCCGGUGUAUAGUUCUGCCGACAGAGGGCAAGUAGGACUGGUCUUGCUGUUAAAUGUGUCUAUUUUUCCCAGCUCUAGUAACUUUAGCCUAGAAUCUUUAAUUGUCUGUUAUUUCUUUGUGUGGGCGCUCCUUUCUGAAUUAGACACGUGCAAGUUGUAAAUUAAUGUGAAUGCUACUGUUCAUGUUUGGACUUAGCAUUAUGUUCUUUUAGUUGUUAUUUUUAGACAGUAACGUUUACUGGGAAUUAAUUUUGUGGUAACAAUAUU